AUGGAGUACCCGCACGGACGCCACCACGGCGGCCACCACCGGAGAGAUGAGGAGGAAGAAGGCCGAUACGGGCACCCGCCGCCCUUGUUCGGCGCCGACCCACCUCCGCCGCCCUUCUUCGGCGGAGACGCACCCCCGCCUCCCUUCUUCGGAGGAAACGCGCCCCCUCCGCCCUUCUUCGGAGGAAACGCGCCCCCUCCGCCCUUCUUCGGCGGAGACAAACCCCCGCCGCCCUUCUUCGCAGGAAACGCGCCCACGCCGCCCUUCUACGGAGGCAACGCGCCACCACCGCCGCAGGUGUACCACACCUCCCACAUGGGCCCGCCGGGUCCUGCCACCGCGGAACACCCCCAUCACCAUCCCCACAUCCCGCCGGCCGCUGACCACCACCACCACCACCAUAAGGACGAGCUCAGCAACAAGCCCUCGGUUAGGAUGUACUGCAAGGCGGACACAAAUUACGCUCUCACCAUUCGUGAUGGGAAAGUCGUUCUUGCACCCGCCGAUCCAUCUGAUCCUCGACAGCAAUGGAUAAAAGAUGAGAAAUUUAGUACGAGGGUGAAGGAUGAAGAAGGUUUCCCAAGCUUUGCUCUGGUCAACAAGGCCACUAGGCAGGCCAUCAAACACUCUAUUGGCGCCACUCAGCCUGUCCAGUUGACAGACUAUAAUGCCAACGGAUUUGAUGAAUCAAUUUUGUGGACUGAAAGCAAGGACUUGGGAGACGGUUACCGAGCAGCGUUCGUGAUGGCACUAAUAUUGUCCUUUGGGAGUGGAAAAAGGGUGAUAAUCAACGCUGGAAGAUUGUUCCCUACUAAAUGCAAUUAA